AUGAACUUCCUGAACGAGUACCUGGUGGCGCUGAGCCGGGCAGUGUCAUCGUCAGAUGCGCCGACCAUCAAAGAGCUGCUGCGCGCCGAUGGCGCCGCCUCGCAGCAGGCCGUGUACGCGCGCGCACAGCUGACACCCAACCAGGUCCGCGGCGCGGCCGCCAGCAAGCUGUACCCGCCGUGGGCGGCGGUGGCGGCGGCGCACCUGCAGGCGGUCGUGCAGCUGCAGGAGGGCAACGUUGAGGCAGCGGCGACGGCUUACAAUUCGGAAAACGCGCCCCAUCUGCUGCUAGUGGAUGCGAUCAACGAGGAGCCCGCUGACGUGGCGCUGGCAGCGGCAUUUGAGCGGACGAUGAGCAACGCGCGGCAUCUAGCCGAGCUAGCGGACCGGCAGCUGGCGGCGCAGGGGCAGAAGACGGGCAAGGUGGAGCAGUGUGGCUCGCAGCUGCAGCAGGCAAUCAGCCGCAUGGGUCUGCCCAAGGGGGACUACAUCCCGGGCAAACGGCGCGCACACCUGGCGCUGGUGUGCAUGCUGCUGCGGGUCUACUUCAAACUCAACAACAUCCAGGGCUGCACCCAGAUGGCGCGCACUGUCAUGGGGCAGUACGGCCAGCGCGACUCUGACGUCAUCGACCUGCGGGAGUUCCCCGCGAUGUACCGCGUCACCUUCUUCUACUUCCUGGGCAGGACAGAGCUGUACAACGAAAAUGUGGAGCUGGCGGCCAAGCGGCUGGGGGACGCGCUGGCCGCGUGCAGGCGGGACGCAGAGGAUCACAAACGCAACAUUCUGCGGUAUCUAGUGCCGUGCAAGAUGCUGCAGGGGGAGCUGCCGGACCCCGGCCUGCUGCAGCGGUACGGCCUGACAGAGUACGAGGACAUGCGCGCGGCGAUGGCGGCCGGCGACGUGGGCCUGUUCCAUCGGGCGCUGGCGGCGCAGCAGUACAGGCUGGUGCGGACGGGGCUGUACCUGCUGGUGGACAAGCUGCAGGUGGCGGUGUACCGCAGGCUGAUCAAAAAGUGCGUCAUCGUCAACCGGGAGCUCAAGGGCCCUGACAAGGCCCACCAGCUGCCGCUGGCCCUCGUGCAGGGCGUCUUAGCGCAGCAGGGCGCCGGCGUCGACAUGGACGAGCUGGAGUGCAUAGUGGCCAACCUCGUGGUGCGCGAGGCGCUCAAGGGCUACAUCGCCCACAAGCAGAAGGUGCUGGUCGUCUCAAAGGACGCCGCCUUCCCGCCGCCGUCGGCCCUGUGGUGGCAGGACCCCUUCUGA